AAAAUUUUUCAUAACCCCACUUUUGAUCGUAGAAUCCAAAAAUAUGAAAAAACAUGUAUGUUAAUUUCGACCAUUCCACUGACCUCGGAAGCAAUGCUCGACUGAGUCGCGAAGUCUCUCUUAAGCAAGAACUUACUACAAUGUCAUCAUCUGUGAGAAAAUUGUACAUGUUUAUGUAUUCUAAAGAAGAAAUAAGUAAUAAUAUACAUAAACCGGAUAAUGAUCGUGCACGUUUAGCUACAGAUAUGUGUGUAUUUAUGAAGUGAGAUUUGAAGCAACGAAACGAGCGUUUCGUUUGAAUAAGAACACAUAUGCGACCUUCAUUAGUCGAAUAAAUGAAGCGAAACGUCAAUUAAAAUCUGAUGCUGAAAGAAACAGGAUGAUGAAAUAUAAAGAUGAUGGUGGUGGUGUUGGUGAAUAUAGAGAUGAUAAUAGUGAUAUGAAUGAACAGGUAGGAAUGGCAUUGGGACAGAAUGGUGAAGAAGAUGAUGCGAUGGACGACGAUUGUGGUAGUGCUGAUGGAACUGAGACUAAAAAUGAAGUAAAUGAUUUGGACAUUUAG